AGCUCAAGUGGCUGAAGUGAUUGGCUCUGGUGCUUCGGCAACAUGGCUUUGGCGGGCUCCCGCGAUGCCGACUCCUUCUACGUGCAGGACUGCCGCCAGGUGCAGAACAACACGCACUCCAUCCAGACGCUGACGGGACAGAUUUCCAAGUUGGUCGGCACGAUGGAGGCGGAGAAGGACUUUCAGCACUGCCGGAAGAUGGUCGACGAUGCCGUCCGACAGGCCUCGGAGACGAAGACCAUCCUGGCGCGGAUCCGAGAGCAUCAGCACCAGGCGCAGAACACCGCCGAGCGGAACAACCGCCGGAUGAUGUACCAGAAGCUUUCGGACAACCUGGCCAUCACCGCCCGAGUGCUUGAGGACGUGGUGAGACGCUUCAACGCCGAGGAACGCCGGCGGAGCGGCGGCAUGCUCGAGGCCACCGGCAUCGCGGCGGCGGACGCGGCCGGCGGCGACGACAAGCCCCUGCUGAGCGGCCACGAUGGAACGAUGGAGGCGGUCCUGCAGAGCGACAAAGUACAGACCUUGCGGAAGGUGGAUGAGGACAUGCUGUGUCUUCAGCGGAUCUACACUGAUCUUGCCACAGCAGCGGAAGAGCAAGCCUCGACCUUUGACUCCUUAGAGAGCCACAUGGCUCGAGCAGCCGCUGACGUGGAGCGCGGCAGAGAGGAGAUUGAGUACACCGACAAGUACAAUAUGGCCUCAAAGCUGAAGAGAAGGCUAUGGCUGGCCGCUGGAGGCGUUUUCGCACUGGUGGUCUUUGGCUCGGUUUUGAGCUCCUGAGCCGCUGAGCGGAGCCUCUUCCGUCCAACUCGGGCACGCCAGAGUUCGGGAGGAAGGACACCACCCACUACCACGACCACCUGACAGCCUGACAGCAGCAAGGGCAGAAAGAAGCGAAGGAGUACUGAAG